GGGUGAUAGAAAUUUCAUUUAGUAGAGCUUUUUGUGUGUGUCUUUACAUUAUUAUAUUAUUCACAAUAUUAUACUUUUUAGACGUAAUGUAAUGAAAAUAAUUAAUGUAAAAUAUUUGUAUAUUUCAUUCGGUCCAUUUUAAUGAUUUUUGUUUUCUUUUCGAAACUGCAGCCAAUAUAGCGAUAAAGGGCUUUCAUAGUAUCCAGCUACAUGUUUACAAUUCGAAAUUAAUUUUUGUUUGAGUGAUGAGCGGUAUGUAGUAAAACGUGCGAAAGAAGAAUUGUGUAGCGUAUUUCAUUUCAAUAACAUAUAGAUUGGAAUUCCAGUAGUUGACGAUAUGAAUAAAAAAGAGAAGUCAGAUUCGGUGUCGCGCGAAAAGAAAGUAAAGCGUGUUAAAACACAUCAUUCAAGACCGAAUGUUCUAUCCUUAGCCCCUGUUAAUAUUGAUUGCUUUCACUUAGAAGAGCAAGAAGCUGCUGAUGACUGCUAUUUAAAAUUUCGAGAUACUUGUGAUAAGAUUCGAGGGCAUUUUCAUUCUAUACUUCUUGCCAAAAAAGGAAAAGGGAAUGAGCAUAGCAUUGCAAAACAUAGAGCAGAUAUUUGCAUGUUAAUAAUGCGAUUGAAAAAGUUGAAUCGUUUAGACAAACACCAGUGGAAGAAAUCUCGAGAUGCAGUAAAUGAGCGAAAGCAAAAAGUAGAUGCUCUAAACUUACAGUUUCAGAAUCUUCUGUAUGAAGUUACUCAUCUCCAAAAGGAAGUAACAAAAUGCUUAGAAUUCAGGUCAAAAGAUGAAGAAAUUGAGCUUGUAACUGUUGAAGAAUUUUACCGAGAUGCUCCAGAAAGUAUUUCCAGGCCUGAAAUCACGAAACAUGAUGCUCAUGAAUUAACGAUGGCAAGGCUAACUUGGGAGUUAGAGCAAAGGAAAAGAUUUGCUGUGAAGUUGAAAGAAGCUGAAGUUACCAAAGAGGAAUAUAUUCAGAAAAUUGAAAAACUCCGUGAACAGCUCUCUAAUAUCUUACCAACUUUGCAGUCAAUAAUUGAAACUGCAGAACCACUCGAGAGCAAGCUUGGAAUGCAAUUUCAAGCUUCACAUUUAAAACAUCAGAUAGCAAAGUUUCUUCCUACACCAUUGUAUAUAUUGUAUGUUGAAGCAUGUGCAUAUAAAGAAGUCUGUGAUAAGAAAAUAGAGAUUGCAGUUGAAGGCAAUACUGAUGAAGCUAAAGUUCUUCAAAUGAAAACUGAGGAUCUGUCGGAAGAAAGUGGGGAAUCUGAUCAAGAAGAUACAUCUGAAAUGAAUAUGCAUAGGCAUUCAGUUUCUUCUAGAAAAGAAGAUACCCGGAAAGACAUAUUAAAAAAACAUCCUAUGUCUGUCUACCUUACAGUUGAAAGUGAAGAAGCAAAGAUUUCUUUAGAAUUUUUUUAUCUUUUUCAUCUGCACAUUGUAACUGUGUGUGUCAAAUCAAUUACUCCUCAAGUAACGUCAUCAGAAUUAGUUGGUGACUUGAUGAAAUUGGAUUCAUUUUUAAAUUCUCUGUUUCCGGGUGACACCGGGAGGAAGACACCCAAUGUUUCAAAUUGGUACCAGUUACGAAAAUUUGGUUAUGAAGAUACACCCUUCACAAAUCAAACAACAGGUUGGCCUUAUCUUUGGACACAGCAGAUUGCUGGUAUAGACUUUUUAAGCAUAUCCACGGAAGGAUCUGUCUGCACUCAAAAUAACCCAAAGGUGACAUCACUUUUUAUGGAAGGAGCAAUAAAUGCCAUUCGUUCUCGCCUAAUAGCUCGUUGUCAAUUAAGUCAUCAAAUUGCUUCUAUAGAUCAAAGAACAAACAUACCACCAAAGUUUGCCGCACUUUAUCCACUGAAUAUUUCUUCACAAUUAAAAAAGUGGAGUCCAGUUGAUUGGAAAGAAAUUAUGAACUAUGUAAACUUUAAAGAGUUGCAGGAACUUAAUGUUGUAAAUGAAGAUGCAAUGGUUUUCAAUGCAGAAAUACAGCGCGGCUCUGCUAUAUUAUUAGUUACAGUGACCAUACCACCUGAUUAUCCUGUAAAAACACCUGUUUUUCUACUUCAAUUGAAUUGGAAAGGUUGUUAUACUGCAGUUUCUAGUUUGGCUUUAAGGGAGCUAGAGGAGGAAAUUAAUGUUCAUUUUAUAGAGACUUUGCCUGAGGAAUAUCAGGAAAAUCUGUUGAUUUGUCAAAUGUAUCAUUUAAUAGUUUGCUUUGAUGUCUUCCUUGAGACAGAAUAUUCUGGUGAUUCAUUUGAGGGACCACCUGAAUUUAUGCGAGAAAAAGUUGUAGCUAGGUCUGCCAGGGGACGAAGUCACAGCAGACCGUACAAAUGUGUGUCAAGCCAAGGAAUAUUUACUUUUAGAUAAUAAGCAUAAUACUCAUUUAUUCUUAGUCAAUUUAUUGAUUAUUCAUUAUUAUUUAUGUUGGGGGAAAAACUUUUAUAACUUCAUUUAUGUGUAUUUUGUAAUUAUUUUGAAAAUAAAUUGUUAUUCUGAUAUAGAUAAAAA